AUGGAAGACAGCGUGUCCAUCAUACGACCCGAAGACAUUGGUCUGGUCCUCCAGAGCAUCUUCAAGUCUCGCAAAGAGGUCAUCCGCAUCCGCCAACUUCUCCACGAGAAGACUGAUGCCAUUCAGUGCUUCACUCGUCACUGUGGUAUCUUCGGGGCUGCGCCCACUGAAGUUGGAGGUCCACUCGAGCAUCUCGCAUUUCUCCUUCUGCAGCGCACAUCCGAGGGCCAUUUUGAUAACAUCCCGUGGGGUCCUUUAAAAUUGCCCUCUGUCAAUGUCCUUCUUUAA